CUUCUUUCUGACCUCCGUCUGUCCGUCUGUCUGUCUGUCCUCCGCUCGGAAGGAGGGAUUUCUGUCGUCCUUUUGUUGGAGAAAUGAGUCGCGGAGGAUUUAUUCACUGAACGAAUAGGUAAGAGGGGCUGCCAUGCCGGCCUCCUCUCCUCCUCCUCCUCUCCUCUUCCUGGCCCGUUGGUGGCUCCUCCUGUCAUCACUCCUCCUCUCCACCUCUGCAGAUGAUGUGACCUUUGACCCUCCAUUCUACUCGGUGACGUUGGAGGGCGCCCCCCUAAGUCACCUCCUGGAGGAGCCUGGCUCGAGGCAGCUGUAUGUCGGGGGGGUGAACCAUGUCUAUCAGCUGUCUCCGCAGCUUGAGGUUCUAUCUCACAGCCGGACCGGACCUAGGCUGGACUCCCAGGAGUGUCUACCUCCCAUCCUGCCCCAGGACUGCCCGUCCGCCCGCCUCACAAAUAACUACAAUAAAAUUCUCCUUCUGGAGCCUGGGGGGGGCACCACGCACACAGGGAGUCUUAUUGUGUGUGGGUCUGUCUACCAAGGCAUCUGUGAAAAGAGGAGUCUUUCUAAUGUCUCGGACCUACUCUACCAGACCUCGAACCCCAUCGACACACAGUAUGUUGCAGCGAAUGACCCCCGCGUCUCCACGGUAGCUGUUGUCAUAACAAAUAAGAUCAGACAGGACGGGGGCGGGGCAAGCGAGAUGCAGCUGAUGCUGGUCGGGCGGGGCUACACCAGCAAAGGCCCCGGGGACAUCCCACCAAUUACAACGCGACGACUGGCACCCGUCUUGCCCCCCCGCCUGGCCUUCUCCCAGGAAGAGGAGCUCGGGAAGCUGGUAGUAGGGAGUUACUCUGAGUACAACAACCACUUCGUCAAAGCCUUUAGCCACGCCUCCUACAUCUACUUCCUGUUCUCCAGACGCGACAUGUGGCACAGGAAGGAGUAUCGGACCUAUGUGUCACGCCUCUGUGCCUCCGACCGGAGCUUCUACUCCUAUGUGGAGGUUCCCCUGCUCUGCCAUAGCGGUUACAACCUGGCGCAGGGGGCUUGGCUGGGAACCCAUCUGGGCAUGGCCACUCUAUUCGUCGCCAUGGCAGCGGGGCAGGCAUCCACACCUGUGGCCACAGGUCGUUCGGCGCUGUGUGUUUAUGAAAUGGCGGAACUGGAUGCCAUGAUGCAGAAGGCACAGGAAGUCUGUUAUACUGAGGCAGGAAGAGGGAGCAAUGGACAAGAAGAGGCUUACAUAGAAUAUGCCGUGUCAUCCAAAUGUCUGAAACUACCCAAGGGCUCUUUAUUGGAGUACCCCUGCGGGGGGGAACACACCCCCAGCCCCAUUGCCAGCUCAGUGCCCCUCCCCUCCAUGCCAACCAUCACCAGGACCACCCAGCUGACAGCUGUUACUACAGCAACAGAGGCAGGCCACACCAUCGCCUUGCUGGGAGACAGAGAGGGACAGCUGCACAAGGUGUAUGUACAUUCUGAUGGGUCAGGCCAGCUGUAUGACACGGUGACGGUGGAUGCGGGCAGUGCGGUGAACGCUGACCUCCUGUUGGACGCCACAGGACAGCAUGUUUAUGUGCUCACAUCCAGCAAGCUGUCUAAGGUCUCGGUGUCAUCAUGUGAGAGACAGACAGAAUGUCACUCCUGUCUCACUACCAGGGACCCUUACUGUGGCUGGUGUGUCUUAGAAGGAAGAUGUUCCCGUAGGCAGGAGUGCCGAGGCCGCGCCCAGCCCAACCACUGGCUGUGGAGCUUUGAGCCAACCAAUCAGUGUGUGACCGUUGAGAGCCUGGAGCCAGCCUAUCAGAGCAGAGAUGAGCAGAGGGAGGUAACCUUGACAAUGCUUCGACUCCCUACCCUCUCGGACCAAGAGUCUCUGUCCUGUGCCUUCGGCCCCCUCCCCUCCCAGCCUGCUGUUGUCAAGGGAACCAGCAUCACGUGUCAGUCACCCCCACCCAAGCUCCUCCCACCUAGGCCAGCAGGAAGUGAUCACAUGACUCUGCGUGUGUCGCUGAUGUUUGGUCAGGUGAUCAUCGCUCACACCAACAUGACCUUCUACGACUGUGGCGCCGUGGGGAUGCUGAACAAGACCUCGCCGUGCAUGGCGUGUGUGAGCAGUGUGUGGCCCUGUAACUGGUGUCCACUGGACCAGCUGUGUACCCCCAACAAGAGCUGUCCCACCCCACCCAUCAUACACAACCACCGGCAGGACUCUCUGGUUCCAGGUUCUUGUCCUCAGGUCUUCUCUCUACAAGGCUCUCCACUGGUCCCUAUGGGUUUCCCCUCCAGCCUGGUCCUGCUGGGCAGGAACAUGGACGUCUUCUCUGGGGAGGCUGAGUAUGUGUGUGUGGUAGAGAUAGAAGGAGCUCAGAUUAACCUCACAGCCACUGUGGAGAAAACAGAGGAGACACAAACUUUUAUCUGCACUCCACACCAGUUUCAGUAUCCUGUCAGGCAGCUGCAGUAUUCUGCUCCUAUCUACCUGAGGAGAGGAGAGUUACGCAUUGAUGCCACGCCCACCCUCAGCCUCCAGCUGUAUGACUGCUCAGCUGGCCAGUCAGAUUGCUCGCAGUGCAGGGCGGUGCCAGAGGGAUAUGGGUGUGUCUGGUGUACAGAACAUCCUGUCGCCGGCUGUGUGUACAACCAGUCCUGUUCCAGUAUUCCUGCUGACACCUGCCCACCCCCACAAAUCACAGAGGUGGUUCCUGUCUCCGGACCACUAGAGGGCGGUAUCUUAGUAACUAUCAAAGGUUCCAACCUAGGGAUGAAAUACCAUGAUGUAAAGGACGGGGUCACAGUGGCAGGGGUGCAGUGUCUCCCACUAGCUGACAGCUAUAUAAUCUCUUCCAGGAUAGUGUGUGAGUUGCAGCCCAGCCAUGAGCGGAAGGGUGGUCCUGUCUUGGUCACCGUGGGAACAUCUCAGCUCGGAACAUCAACCCAGAUCUUCACCUAUCAGGACCCCCAGCUGUUAGAUCUGGUACCUGAUAAGGGUCCUAUGUCAGGAGGGACCAGGUUGACUAUCCAUGGCAGACAACUGCUAACAGGACAGAUGUCUAACUUGAGUGCCUUUGUCGGACCACAACCCUGCUACAUUGUUGAUGAGGUGAAUGAGACCCAGUUGGUUUGUCAGACUGGUCCCAGUAACAGAACAGCUCAGGUGGAGGUCAGGGUAAUGUUUGGGAAGGCUAAGAGAACUGUUCCCAACAACGUCUUCAGUUACCUUGAUGACCCCGUCAUCACAGACGCCACGCCAUCAGAGAGCUUCUAUGAAGGUGGGCGGACUAUCAGAGUGACAGGCAAGAACCUGGAUGUGGUGCAGCAGCCAAUCAUAUCAAUCUGGGUGGAGCCUGUGGAGGUCCAGAGGGUGAAACGAAAAAAACGAUGGGCUCUCCUCACUGCCAAGCAACAGCUGGUCUUUAACAGCACCAUGACAACGGUGUCAGAGCGCUGCAAUUUGAUAUCACCAGUGGAGAUGACCUGUGUGACCCCCAGAGUGACCCCUGAGGUGAAGGUGAAAGGAGUAUGGUUUCAACUGGACAAUGUCAGAGUCGACUUUGAGAACAUCAAGGGACGUGUGUUUAGUUACUACCCCAACCCAGAGCUCUACGCCCUCAACAGAGACGCUCCAGACUAUCCAUACCGCUUCAAACCAGGCGGGGUGAUCGCCGUGGAGGGUCAGGAGCUGACCCGGGCCAUGUCCAGAGCGGAGGUGGUCGCCCGGCUCGGAGAUCAGGAGUGUGAAGUCAAAACUUUAGACAACACACACCUGUACUGUGAACCUCCAGAGGAACAACCUCUCAGUCUGGACCACAACGAGCUGCCGAGCCUCAGAGUCAUCAUGGGGAAUCUGGAGGUGGACCUGGGAUUGGUCCAGUAUGACACAGACUCUUUGCUUUCUCCCGUCCCAUUGGCUGCUCAGGUGGGUCUGGGGGCGGGAGCUGCUGUGGUCGUCCUGUCAGUACUGGUCAUCAUCCUCAUGUACAGGAGGAAGAGUAAACAAGCUCUAAGAGAUUAUAAGAAGGUUUUACUGCAGCUGGAAACUCUGGAGAUCAACGUUGGAGACCAGUGCCGCAAAGAGUUUACUGAUCUGAUGACAGAGAUGAUGGACCUGAACAGUGAUGUUGGGGGUCCAGCCAUCCCUCUGCUGGACUAUCGUAUAUACGCUGAGCGUAUUUUCUUCCCCGGCCAGCAGGGAGCUCCAUUCAGCCAACACCUGGAUGUCCCCGAGUCAAGGAGACAGACAGUGGAGCAGGGUCUCUUUCAGCUCAACAACCUCCUGAAUAACAGGCUCUUUCUAAUCCGGUUCAUCCACACUCUGGAGGCCCAGCAGAACUUCUCUCAGAGAGACCGGGGUUAUGUGGCCAGUCUGCUCACCAUGGCUCUCCAUGAUAAGCUGGAGUACUUCACAGACGUCAUGAAGUCUCUCCUGCAGGAUCUGGUCCAGCAGUACGUGGCCAAGAACCCCAAACUGAUGCUGCGCCGCACAGAGACGGUAGUUGAAAAGAUGCUGACGAACUGGAUGUCAAUCUGCCUCUACUCCUUCCUCAAGGAGGUAGCAGGAGAGCCUCUCUACAUGCUGUACAGAGCCAUCAAGUACCAAGUAGAUAAAGGACCAGUGGAUGCAGUGACUGGGAAAGCCAAACGCACCCUGAAUGACAGUCACUUGCUGAGAGAAGACAUAGACUACUGUUCACUGACUUUGACGGUGCUGGUGAAAAAUGGAGUGGAGGUUCAGCCUUGUCCAGUUAAAGUACUAGACACCGACACUAUUACCCAGGUUAAAGAGAAGAUUCUGGAUCAGGUGUACAGAGGAGCUCCCUUCUCACAGAGACCUGCAGCUGACUCCCUAGACCUGGAGUGGCGUUCGGGGCAGGCAGGUCACCUGACCCUGUCUGAUGAUGAUGUCACGGCCGUCGCUGCGGGCCGCUGGAAGAAACUCAAUACGUUACAGCAUUAUAAGGUGCCGGAUGGAGCCACCAUGGCUCUGAUCCCUCGUUCUCACGGUUCUUUGGGUGUUGGAGUGAACCAAGUUUUCCAAACUGGAGAAAAGACACCCAUGCUGGAGGGGGAGGAAGAGGAAGGUCUUCGUCUGUGGCACCUGGUGAAGAGUAGUGAGGAGCCGGACAUCCCCAAACACCGAAAGAGCAGCAUGAGAGAAAGAGAGAGAGCCAAGGCCAUCCCUGAAAUCUACUUGACCAGACUGCUGUCGAUGAAGGGAACUCUGCAGAAGUUUGUGGAUGACGUGUUUGUUGCGAUUCUGAGCACCAAGCGUCCCCCUCCCAUCGCUGUUCGCUUCUUCUUCGAUUUCCUGGAUGACAUGGCAGAGAAACAUGGCAUCGACGACCCUGAGACUGUCCAUAUCUGGAAGACCAACAGUCUUCCUCUCAGAUUCUGGGUGAACAUUCUGAAGAACCCUCAGUUUGUGUUCGAUGUCCAGGUGACAGACAGCGUGGACGCCGUCCUGUCUGUCAUCGCCCAGACCUUCAUCGACUCCUGCACCACCUCGGAACACAAAGUCGGACGGGACUCCCCGGUCAACAAGUUGCUGUAUGCCAGAGAGAUUCCCAGAUACAAACAGCUCGUUGAAAGGUAUUACAGUGAUAUCCACAAUGCAGCAUCAGGUUGUUACCAGGAGAUGAACUCUACCCUCACUGAGUUGUCGGGGAGUUUUGCAUCGGAGAUGAACAAUCUGGUGGCACUACAUGAGCUUUACAAGUACAUCAACAAAUAUUAUGACCAGGUGAUCAUGUCUCUGGAGGAGGACAGCUCAGGUCAAAAGAUGCAGUUGGCCUACAGACUGCAGCAGGUCGCCGCCCUGGUGGAGAACAAGGUCACUGAUCUCUGAGGACACGCUGACCUUUGACCGCUAAACUUGAACAAAACGGAGCGAGAAAACACCAGUCUUGACGCCCCUCCCGCCUGCCCUACUCUUGCCUAAACUUUGACCCCAGGAAUCGUGAUAUUUUAUGGAUGGAUCCUGACAAGUCACAAAUCCACAUGACCGUUGAUCUCUCUCCUGCCACCUUGGUCUUAAUAAGUCACCAUAGAGAUCACUGCUGACCCUGUUGGCUUUCUGACCUCCAGCCUUUGACCUUGGAGUGACCUUGAACCAGUACGGCUCACAAUGAGACCUCUGACGAGACCAGAAAGGAGAGACGAACGUAAAGCUAUCCAGUCAAAAAGCUGUCUGGGAAGCACAAAACGAUGCAUCUUCAUUUGAAUUCUGUGUCUUCCAAUUGUGUCUAAAUGUGUGUGUGAAUGUCUGUGAGCACAAAUAUGAUGCAUUGAACAUGACAACCUACAGCGGGGUUGAUCUUUAAAACCCUACCAGCCAUAAUUUCUCACUUACUUCUCAAUUUCUCUUAUUCUCAAACUCAGGGGAUCCUCAAGUUUUUACAAACAAAAUUUCUAACCCAGAAAGCUCUGGGUUUUGAUGGGCUAUUUGAUGGGCUAAUUUACAAUAUAAACCAGUCUUGUUGCCAACAACAGAACUUCCAGCUCAAAGCAGCUUGUUAAGUCUGUUUCACACUAUAGCGAUAUUUAAUUGCUGAUUUAUUCUGAAUAUUUCAGGGAUCAGUUUUGUUCUUCCUCUGUCCCUCUGUAGGGGCCCAAUCCAGAUGUUAACAACCAUUUGGUUCCUGAGCUAAUGCACAACCUUACCAGAAUCUAGACCAGAACCAUAGAGGGACCCACUCACCUCCAUUUGCUAACAGACAUUUACUAUUUAUCUGUCUGUGAAGCUCCAAUUAUGGCACAUGCUGUAAAGUGGCACCCUGAAUGGUUAAUAAAUGGACUGCAGCGCUUUUCUAGUCUACGACCACUCAAAGUGCUUUACAGUGUAUGCCUCCCAUUCCCGUUACUAUGAAUCCCACGGCACUUCUAGGCAAGACACGCCCCGCAUAGCGCUCAAGCGCUAGGAUUGGCCAGAACUCGUUGCCUCCGUUGGUUGGGUUGGUUAAGGUUAGGGUUAGGGCGGGGUUAGGAUUAAGGUUAUCUUAUCAGAGGCAGAGUAGGGCCGGUCUUCCCAGAAUCCUAGCGCCUGGAUGCUACGCAGGGCGUGUGUUGCCUAGAAGUGCCGUGGGAUUCAUAAUAAUGCCUCACACACACACACACACUGGUGGAGGAGGCUGCCAUGCAAGGUGCCAGCCUGCUCACCAGGAGCAGUUUAGGGGUUCAGGUUCAGGUUCAGGUUCUUGCUCAGUGACACUUUGACACGCUCUCUAGAGGAGCUGGGGGGUCGAGCCUGGAACCUUCAGAUUAAUAUAGGACCCGCUCUGCCUCCUGAGCCAUGCCGCCCCGUUCUUUUGUGGUGGAAAAAUACAAUCCAGUCAUCAGUCAGGGGACACAACAUUCACGGACAUGCACUACAUGUCCCAGAACACCUAGCUGUUGGUCUCUUCCUACUUCAAACACACUGUGGUUCUGAAUGGUCACCUCAGACCACCAAGUUAGUUAUACUGGAGGUUUGUCAGUUUUGAAUGAGCUUUGAAAUGAUUACAGCACAUUAGAAUUAAUGUUUCUCUUUCACUCAGUUUCAUCUCAGUUUAAAAAUCUCUGGGCGUCCGGGUGGCGUGGCGGUCUCUUCCGUUGCCUGCCAACACAGGGAUCCCAGUUCGAAUCCCCGUGUUACCUCCGGCUUGGUCGGGCCUCCCUACAGACACAUUGGCCGUGUCUGCAGGUGGGAAGCCGGAUGUGGGUAUGUGUCCUUGUCACUGCACUGGCGCCUCCUCUGGUUGGUCAGGGCACCAGUUCGGGGGGAGGGGGAACUGGGGGGAAUAGCGUGAUCCUCCCACGCGCUACAUCUCCCUGGUGAAACCCCUCACUGUCAGGGGAAAAGAAGCGGCUGGUGACCACAUGUAUCGAAGGAGACGUGGUAGUCUGCAGCCCUCCCCGGAUCGGCAGAGGGGGUGGAGCAGAGACCGGGACGGCUCGGAAGAGUGGGGUAAUUGGCCGGGUACAAUUGGGGAGAAAAAGGGGGGAAAUCCAAAAGAAAAAAAUUUCCGUUGUUUUUUCCUGCCUUCACUUUUGAAUUGAAGGUUAACGCUGCGGUAUUUUUACUGGUUGUAUAUUUUGUGCUUGUGUGCUGGUUGACAAUACAGCAGCUGUCCACUAAUAUUUCUAAUUACUUGGAUUUUCUUGGCCAAAGGGAACAUGCGGGACAAAAGGAAAUGCUGCCAACAACCAUUGAUUCAAAACUUAGCAUGUUGUCUUUCCUGCUGAAAAGAAUCGGUACCCCACGACACCAUACGCCCUGCCUACUGUACCUUAUCAUAGUCCUGUUUCUGCUGUUCCCUACAGUGUUCCUGUCUGCUGUAUCCUACUCCUUUGUUUUUGUAAGAUUUUUUUUUUUUAUUUUAUUCCUUUAUUGGAUCGCGACAGUGGAGGCAGAAAGGAAAUGGGAGAGACAGAGAGGGGUAUGACUUGCAACAAAGGUCGAACCAGCGACAUUGCGGCCACGUAGUAUGUGCUGUAACCAUUCAGCUAUGGAUGUGCCCCAUACCUACUCCUUCUUCUGCACCCUACUGUAGUCCUCUUUCUACUGCACCUUAUCAUAUUCCUCUUUCUACUGCACCCUACUGUAGUCCUCUUUCUA